AACCACCACCACAAAAAUGGCUACAAACAUCACCUACCACGCCAGCGCCCUCGCCCGCCAAGAGCGCAGCACCCUGCGCAACCAACGCGGCCUAACAAUCUGGCUAACCGGCCUCUCCGCGUCCGGCAAAUCCACCAUCGCCGUCGAACUCGAGCGCCAACUCCUCCACGACCGCGGCGUCCACGCCUACCGCCUCGACGGCGACAACAUCCGUUUCGGCCUCAACAAGGACCUGGGCUUCUCCGAGAAGGACCGCAACGAGAACAUCCGCCGCAUCGCCGAAGUCGCCAAGCUCUUCGCCGACAGCGCCUCGAUCGCAAUCACCUCGUUCAUCUCGCCCUACAGGAUGGACCGGGAUACUGCGCGCGCGCUGCACGAGGUGGCCACGCCUGGCGAGGAGAGCGGAUUGCCGUUCGUCGAGGUGCAUGUUGAUGUGCCUGUUGAGGUUGCGGAGAAGAGAGAUCCGAAGGGGUUGUAUAAGAAGGCGAGGGAGGGGGUGAUUAAGGAGUUUACGGGGAUUAGUGCGCCGUAUGAGGAGCCGUUGAAGCCGGAGGUGCGGAUUGUGAAUGAUGAUCAGAAGCCCGUGCAGGAGGCUGUUAGGGAGAUUAUUGCUUAUUUGGAUGAGCAGGGGUAUUUGCCUAAGAAGGAGUAA